CGCAGACUGCAGUGCAGCACAAGUGUUUUUACUGUUUUUACUGUUGAUCAAUUUCUCCUCGCCCACUUGCAGAUUAGCUCGAUUUUUCGCUGUAAUUCGAAAUUAAUUACUUGAAAAUGGCACCCAAAUACACCCUGCAUUACUUUAACCUGCGUGCCCGCGGCGAAAUCUCGCGAUGGAUCUUCAAGUACGCGGGCCAGGAGUUUGAAGACAAACGCUACGAGUUCUCCGAAUGGCCCGCCCAGAAACCCAACGCGCCCGAUGGUACGCUGCCCUGGCUGGAAGUCGACGGCAAGAAACUGUCGCAGAGCAUGGCCAUUGCUCGCUACCUGGCCCGUACCUUCAAGUUGGCCGGCCAGAAUGCCUGGGAAGAGGCCGAAGUUGAUGCUCUGGUCGACUUCGGAAUCGACGCUGCCAAGGACUAUGGCACCUGGAUCAGCGCCUUCCUGGCCAAAGACACGAAGAAAGCCGAUGAAAUCAAAACCAAGUACUUCGGGGAGGGUCUGCCCAAGUAUCUGGACGGAUUCCAGCGCAAACUGGCGGCCAACAAGGACGGCCAGGGUUUCUUCGUCGGCGACAAGCCCACCUGGGGCGACUUCGCCAUCGUCAUCUUGUUCGAUGAGCUGAAGCGCUUGAACGCCGAUUUCCUGAACGCGUAUCCGCUGCUGAAGGCCCACAGCGACCGCGUUCACGAGCUGAAGGGCAUCAAGGAGUGGAUCGCUGCUCGCCCGGAGACCUCAGUCUGAGCGGUAUUAUUUGGGUAGCUUGUUAGCCUGGCAUUUCGCUGUUCGGACGUCUCUUUAUUUUUUUAUGUUGCUUAUUUUCAUGUUCCUACUUGCACGUUUUAAUUGUUGCAUAUGGUCUCGAUCCAGUUAGCACACGAACGAUUCCUUUCAUUUUGGUUUAAUAUGUUAAAUACGUGUUUUUGAAACUUCGUGCAUGAGUUAGUGGAGUUUUGACUGUUCAGUGUUACAAUGUUUAACAACUUUUAAGUGCUUAGGCAAUUAAACUUCAAACACUACGAAAUCAACACAACUUAAAUUCGA